AUGGACGAGGGCACGGUAACCGGCGCGAGUGCACGCGGCUUGGCGCUCACCACGACGACAGCAGCAACAACAAAAGACACACAUGAUAAUGCCGAUAGCACCAGCGGUGUUGGCAACGCAGCCAACAACAAUAGCGGCAGUAGCAGCAACAACACCAAUGCACGUUAUUUAAGCAAUCUCAGUGAUUGCCAGAAUGUGAGCAGCAGUGGCGGUGUUGGCGGCUCGGGACUCGGUGGUAGUAGCGAAUUGGGUGGCGCCACUUCUGUAGUCACGCCCACCAUAACCCACAUCAAACAGUCGCCGACGUCACCAAGUCCGAUGAGCACCGGCGCUGCUGAGGCAACCACAGUUGCCUUACAGCAGCACCAACAACAGCAUCACCAUCGACAAUCAGACGAGCUAAUGUACGGCGGUGCGAACGCGUCCGCUUCCGCAAUGGUUACGCACCCGCACUCGACAUUAUCAACGCUAGAUUUGGCACACCAGCAGCAGCAGCAACAACAACAACAAUCACAACACUUGCAAAGGCUUGGCAGCUUAAGCAACAUCAACACGUCAGGCACAAGCGCAGCAGCAGAUGCAGUUUCCAUCAGCCGUGGAAGCCUUGGUGUAGGCCCUGGCGCCAUUACUCAUCCCAGUUUGUUGAGCGAGCGUCCACCACCACCGCCAUACCACAGCAGCAGCAGCAGCAGCAACGCCGCCAUCAUGACUAGCAAAGUAUUCCAUGCGGGCUCCUGUGCUGCUACCAGCAUGGAAGCAAUUAGCGGUGAUGAGCCGCCCACCGCACGUCUCUCGGCUUACGAACAGUUUCUGAAACUUUCCGCGCACGAGUAUGCGACAACGACGUCGGUCGAUAAUGCUGCAGUGUUGAAUUUGAGUAGCAUCGGCAAGGCAGCCGACAGCGAUCUGAUGCUGCGACAUGUUAAUGUGGCAGCAGCCAUGGCUGCCGCGGCGGUGGAAAGCGUCGGUGCGGUGGAGGGUAGCAGUGUUGUUGGCACUGAUGGUUGCAAGCGGAAUUAA